AUGGCUUCUCAUCUCCAAUCUUUGGUUCUGCUUGUUAUGGUCGUUACUUUGGUCACAUUGAUUAUCCCAACACAUGCAGAGCUGACUCGUAAUUUCUAUAAGAGAGUUUGCCCCAAGUCAUUGCCAGUUGUAAGGUCAAUCGUUGAACAAGCCAUUAUUCGUGAACGACGCAUUGGAGCAUCCUUGCUUCGUCUGCAUUUCCAUGACUGCUUUGUUAAUGGUUGCGAUGGAUCAGUUCUGUUGGAUGACACUAGUACCUUCACUGGCGAGAAGAAUGCCCCACCAAAUAAGAAUUCACUAAGAGGUUUUGAAGUAGUUGAUGAGAUUAAAGCAGCAGUAGACAAAGCUUGCAAACGCUCUGUGGUAUCAUGUGCUGAUAUUUUAGCUAUAGCAGCUCGUGAUUCUAUAGCCAUAUUGGGGGGUCCACAACUUAGCUACAAAGUAUUAUUAGGCAGAAGAGAUGCAAGAAAUGCAAGCCAGGAUGCUGCAAACUCCAAUCUUCCUCCACCAUUUCUCAGCUUCUCACAGCUUCUUUCUAAUUUCAUUGCUCAUGGAUUGGACCUCAAAGACUUGGUAGCACUCUCUGGUGGCCACACUAUUGGAUUUGCCCAAUGCUUUACCUUUAGGGACAGGAUUUACAAUGACACCAACAUAGACCAAAGUUUUGCAGCCUCAUUGCAAAAUAAGUGCCCUCAAAGUAGUGGAGAUGAUAAUUUAACACCAUUUGAUCCCACUCCUGCAACAGUUGACACUACUUACUACAAGGAAUUGUUGCAUAACAGGGGCCUCCUGCAUUCAGAUCAAGAGCUCUACAAGGGAAGUGGCAGUGAAAGUGACAGAUUAGUAGAGCUAUAUAGCAGAAAACCAUUUGCUUUUGCUAGAGACUUUAAAGCUUCCAUGAUCAAGAUGGGUAACAUGAAGCCUCUUACUGGGAAUGAAGGAGAGAUAAGACUUAAUUGCAGAAAAGUUAAUUAA